AUGGGAUAUAACCCUUUUCUACCCACCGCUGGCGCAAGAGUCAACGUCUUAUGUAUUCCAGCUGGUCGGAUCGCGCCCGAACGCUUCCUUAAGUUCGUCAAGUUAUUGCAGAACGCGGCGAUAGUCAAGGCCAAUCUCGUGGAUUCUUCGCAAGCCCCUGACGGCCUACAUCCUUCUUCAAAGGACGGAUACUGCAUCUUCUACGAUGUAUCGGCAACUCAGGAUGCUCCAAGGGCGCACCUAUUCCCAUUCGAAACCAACAGCAGAUUCCAAGUCCUCCUUGGUAUCGUUGAUGGCGAGAGAGUCGGAAGUGCUGUGCGUGCUUCUGGCAAUUUCGACGAUACGACAAAGCAGGAUGUUUUGUCAGAUCUCGAGGCCAUCAAAGCCGGCUUCUUCGAGCAAGUCCAGGCUCAUCCAGGUCUCCUUGUUCGUCAAUUGAUUUACUGUGACAAGGAGACGCCUACGUCGCUUGACUCCGAUAUCCUCCCCUUAACCGAUGUUGACGGCACCGAUGCUGCACUCGAUGUUAUGGUUAGAGUCUCCAGAUUGCUCAUGGAGGGUAUUGUCACAGUUGUCGAGGACUUCAGAGAGCAGCCGAUUAGCAUGGUGCCUGGUGCUAACACACCGACCUUCGCACGCACGGGGAACACACCAAUCUCUUCGAGUGCCAGCUCUUCUUCGACGCCUGUGAAAAGUGCAAGCCCUAGGCCUCCCUCCAAUGACGCAGAGAUACAGAGUGAAACAUCAAGAGGGCGCUUCAAGGUAAUCCAAGGCAUGUAUCACCUUCAAGGCGGGUUGUGGAAUGAUGCCAUGGAUUCGCUCUCUGAGGGUGCAUCCAUUGCACAGAAUGGCCACGAUCAUCUUUGGCACGGGCGGGCCCUAGAGUGCCUACUUUUAUGCAUGCUGCUUUUAUCUUGGUCCGAUCGUGGAUUUACAGUCCCGCAGGUAUGCCGUUCUCUACCCAACAGAAGUGUUGUCUUCCAGACAGAGUCGUCUUCGACACCCAGCGACUCGCAGAAGGCUUUGGCUAGGCUGAUGCCGCCAAUUGUCGAAACCAUCUUGGAGCUCUACGCCAGAGUGUCAAAUCUAGAUCUCGGAGGGUCAUUGCAGGACGUCCUACGAGAAGCUCGUGUCAGGAACGUGAACAUACUAGUCUUUGUCAAGAGAAAUGGAGGCGUCUUGAACAGAGAGUGCCUUGACCGACUUGUGUUAAGUCGGACUGAGACGGAAGGGGACUCGCUACCUUCUGAAGGUGAACCUGUUGCAAUAUCAAAGGCCGGCCUGGCCAAUAUCUUGAUCGAGACACUUCAAGCGUGCCAGGCCAGCAAUAGCUCCACCCACCCUACCAGCAUAUUGGUCGCAGUGGCCAGCAGCCUCUCGCUCUUGGGACUGAAUCGCAAACAUGCCUUCUACCUCAGACAAUUGAUGCAACAGUUUGUUCACAAGUUGAUUGAAGCAAGAAAGAUUGGUGCUGCGGAAGCUGGAAUCCAUCCUGCAGCUGGGCUUCCACCUGUCAACAACGCACCCCAGGGAAUCCUACCAGAAAUGGUCUUAGGCAUACGAUCGAUGCUUAGUCUUGCGUCAGGGGCAUAUGGAGUCCCGUUGCCUGCAAUUCCUACACCGAGACGACUUAUACCAGCCGAUCUCGGCGACAUUGAUGCGAAACUCCGAGUCUGGGCUGCCGAGCAUAGCUCUGGGGAGUUGUUGCUAAAGAUUGAAAUGCUGAGGACCUGCGUCGGCGUCAGCGAAGCAUUGCCGGACGUGCCAACAGGUCUAUAUCUCGCUUCGGCCAUAUUGCGGGUGGCGAAGCAAAGUGUCACCAUGUCCAAGCAACUCAAUACUGCGCCUCCCCUGAUAUCGGCGGAUGGACAGUUACGUUUGCUAGAUAGCAUCAAACGUGGAGUAUCAGUGGCUCCGAGGCUGGGCGCUCCCGGAUACCGUGCCGAAUACUGGGACGAUUUUCUGGUUCGAGAUAUUCAAGUAUUUGAACAAGAUGACUCGUCCAAGCUGAUUUCGCAUAAACCCAGCGACCUCUCGGUACGGGGCAGUGGGCUGACUGAUACUAUUCGGGAUCCCUUCAUCUACAACCCAUUCUCGAAGUCGACGUCGGCGGUCGCGGCACCUGUUCUAGUGGCAGGAGAAUUGGCCAUGUUUGCUGUGCUUCUUCAGAAUCCGAUGGAGGUCGAGGUCGAGAUUGAAGACAUAUCUCUGGUCACAAAAGGAUGCGGUUUCAACCCGUCACAUCAUAGCAUUGUUUUGGGCCCUUUGUCCAUCCAGGUGUUUACAUUGACGGGCACGCCCACAGAGGACGGUGACCUUGAGGUCGUGGGUUGCAAGGCCAGAGUUCGGAACUGCUACGAGCAAGAAUUCCUAAUCUUCCGGGAUGAGUGGAAACCAUCCUUGAACAUAAAGCAGAAUGCCGUGGGCAGGGUCCGUCAUAGGACCAGUCAGGCCAAACAUGCGGGCGACGAUACCACACGAUUUCCAACCGUCGAGAUCAAUCCACCCAUCGCCACCCCCGUCAACCUGAAAGUCAUCAGGGCCCAGCCUCGCAUCAGGGUCCAAUCCAACAGCUUGGGCAGAUCGGCAAUUAUGUUGCUCGAGGGGGAAUCUCGAGUGUUCGACUUGAACCUAGUCAAUGAGAGCCCCGACGUCCCUGCUGAUUUCAUUUUGGUGACCGCGCAAGACUCUGUCACAUCACGGCUCAAGGAGGCGCUCUCAAAUAAGGGCCUGAAUCCCGCCGAACAAUAUGAGAUCCAGAAUCAACUGUCUGGGAACCCAGCUGUCGCCAUCAGGAGAAAGGGGCCGAAGGAUUCGACCAAGAUCCUCGAACCGGGCAAGGUCAUCACUUACGAAGUCACGAUUGUGGGCCAACCUGGCCUUGUCAGCGCCACUGUGCAGGCAGAUUACGCAUACCUAGGAUCGGCUUCGACAGAGGUGAAAGGCACAUUCUACACUCGACAAGUCCGGUUUCCCAUCGCAAUCACUGUCAAUGGGAGUGUGGAGAUACCGCGAUGCAAUAUUCUGCCCGUCCAUAGCGAUUUUGCAUGGAUGUCCGGUGCUGCACCCAAUGGCACGCAGGACGAGACAGGAGCUGUCCAAACUGGACAGACCGAUGCUUCAAGACUCUCGCAUUGGCUACAGACCAGCCCUCAGGCCAGCGACUAUUGCAUGCUAUCAUUGGAUCUGCGCAAUGUCUGGCCGCAACCGCUCGAAAUCGACAUCCGAGCUCGAAAUGCAAAAGCGCUGUCGGCUUCCCCAGAAGAACCGUGGCAGGAUGCGUAUACAGUUCUUGAAGCAUUGCAACCCGGCCACGUCACUCGGGUUGUAUUGUUGGUCCCACGCCUUUUCAUCGAGGAUCUUCACGCCCAAGUCCCCAAUCUCGAAACUCAAAAGCAGUUUGUGGUAACGACAUCUAAAUUGAGCGCCGAGGCGGAGGCAGCGAGCAGAGAGUCAUUCUGGUAUCGUGAGGAGCUCCUGAAGUGCUUGCGCGGCACAUGGACGGAAGAGAGCUCAGGCAGACAUGGAGAGAUCGAUCUUCGGAAAGGAAUAAGGUUGAGCCCACGAAUGGUAGACGCGCUCAAAAUGGACCAUGUCGACUUCGAAUACGUCUUGAGGCCAUGUGAUGAGGAAGCCGACAAAUCCGAAGCCCAUGCAAACACAGCGGUGAAACAAAUUGGAAGAUCGCAUUUCAACCUCAAGCCGGAAACCUUUGCGACUUUGUCGGUUAAAGUCCAUAACCACACCCAGGACACUCUGCCACUCCUCCUUCGACUCCAACCCGCGCUCCGCCAUCAGCCCCAUAAUAUAGCCUUGGACCUGUCGAGACGAUUUGCGUGGUCCGGCGUGCUGCAGCGCGCGUUGCACCCUGCGAUUGAACCUGGCGGUACAUGCGUGGCCGAGCUGGGUGUCAUAGCGCUAGUCCAGGGUGAAUAUGAGAUCACCACAUCAGUCGAGGAGGUCAAGGCACGCCGCGUUACCGGUGCUGCGAAGGGCGGUGGCGCUUCGGCCGCCCGCUUCGAAAGGAGGAUCUGGCACGCCCGAUCGCCGUGUCUGAUUGAUGCCGUGGAAGAAUGA